AUGGUCCGUCGCCUCCCGCACCGCAACAACACGGCCUCUCCCUCCAAGCUCCCGCAUGCCGAGGCUCAUGUCUGCCCCGCGCGACGGCUCGCGUCAGACCUCGAUCGUGCCGCAAGUGCGGCUGCUACCCGAGACAAGACGCUGCUUGCCGACCAGGCUCUCGAGCUUGAUCAUUCCUCCUCCGGCGGCCACAGGCUCGGAGUCAAUGGCCUCGCUGUCGAUCCCGACAAUGCCAUCCUCUACUCGGGAGGGCGAGAUGGAGUAGUCUGCGCUUGGGACCUCAACUGCGAGUCCGACGACAGCAAGCCAGAUGCGAAGCCAAAAGCGACAACAAAGUUCCGUGCCUCGGCGCAAGCGCACACCCACUGGGUCAAUGAUAUCGUCCUCGCUGCCAAUAGCUCGACCCUCGUGUCAGCCUCGUCGGACCUGACGGUCAAAGCCUGGCGGCCAUCCUCUGGAGACGCAGAGGCGCAUACCCUUGGCGAGCAUGCCGACUACGUCAAGUGUGUCGCCACGCCAAGAGGCGGCGAUUGGGUCGCGUCAGGAGGCCUGGACCGCAAAAUCUACCUGUGGGAUCUGAACGGCAAGGGAAAGUCCCUGGAAAUCGACGUCAGUGGCGAGGACAUCGCAGAGAAGGGCUCCGUCUAUGCUCUUAGCGCCGGUCGGAGCAUAAUGGCAAGUGGCGGUCCAGAAUCUAUAGUCCGUCUCUGGGAUCCUCGGACUGGCAAGAGCGUCACAAAGUUCCUCGGCCAUACCGACAACAUCCGUGCCAUCCUGAUGAACGAGGCUGGCGAUACUGUCAUGACAGCCAGCUCAGACCAGACGGUGAAAGUCUGGAGUGUCACCGCAGGUCGGUGCAUGCACACAUUGACCAUGCACAAUGACAGCGUCUGGGCCAUGUUCUCAGAGGAUCCUACACUGAGCGUCUUCUACAGUGCAGACCGAUCCGGCCUGAUUGUAAAGACGGAUGUUCGUGGUUCGGAAGAGAUGGACGAGGGUCUAUCUGUCGCCAUUGCGCAGGAGCACUAUGGUGUUGGCAAGGUCGUCGCCACACAGGACUACAUUUGGAGCUCGACGUCAAGCUCGUCCAUCAACCGAUGGGCCAACAUCAAUACCGGUCCAGAUGCUCAAUUGCCAGAAGCAUUUAGCCGCCUGCGUUCAAGCAGCAUUGCCUCAAGGCAGACACAUGAGUCCGCGACCACAGUCAACGGUUCGAGCAAAGGUGAAAUCCCAGCAAAGGCAAUCCUGCGAAUCUCGAACACUGCCAAGUUUCCUACAAUUCUUUCGAAUGCGUCCGAGUCAAACCUGGCGGCUUCCUCCGCACUCAGCAGGAAAGGAUCCGAGCUGGUCACAGACUCUGGAUCUGCCGUGGUGGAACCUAUCCAUCACUUGCCAGAAGAAACCAUUGAAGGCCAGAACGGUCUUGUCAAGCACAGACUUCUGAGCGAUCGACGACGUGUUUUAACUCUUGAUACUGCUGGCGAUGUCCUGCUGUGGGACCUGAUACGGUGCCAAGUCAUCCAGCGCUUCGGCAAGAGGCACCUGGAAGAUGUCGAACCGGAAGUGAACACUCUGGAAGCCGUUGCUCCAUGGUGUUCAAUUGACACGAGCUCUGGUAACCUCACAGUCGUGCUAGAACCAUUCAAUUGCUUUGAUGCAGAGAUGUACGCGGACGAGCUAAAACUGGAGGAGCCGAUUGAUUUCAGGGAAGACCAAAGGAUAAACUUGGGCCGGUGGAUUUUGCGGUACUUGUUUGCAAAGCUUAUUGAUGAGGUCAUCAAGAGAGACGAGGCGCACCGACAAAAGCUCAAUGAAGCCGUAGAGAAACGGCAAGCGGCAGCCAGACUCAACCCCCCAACGUCGAUCGUCCUUCCCACUGCGAACCCUCAAAGCUGGGAACAGGACAGCUCACCUGCAACACCACGGGCGAACGGCUUGGGGUUCGCGCAGACACCAGGCCUUGGCAUAGGCGUAGCGACGCCCGGUCCAAGAACUCUGCCAGGAGUUCCCGAGAACGCGGCGACCCCGGCAAGCCCAUCAGAAGUGAAGCGGUCAAUACAGUUGAGCCGGCCCUCAGGCGAGGACUACUUUGCUUCCUUCAACUCGGGAGACGCUGUGGGCAAAAUCGUCCCGACUACACCAGCUGCAACAGAGCAGGCGCCUGCAGCACCUACAACGCCUGCAGCUCCCGCCAAGGAAGAGACCCCGCAGUCGCCAGUCGACGGCAAGAAGGACAAUGGCAAAGGUGGUGCGUUUGGCAAGAAAUUCCGCAUGGGCAUGUCUUUUGGCACCAAAAAGCUUGGCCGCUCUGCCUCAAGCAGCGCAACCGAGAAGCCAGCCGUCGUUGAGGAGAAGCCCGAGGAGAACAAGUCCGAAUCAUCGUCGAACCACGAGAAGGAGGUUGAUGACAAUCUGCACGGAGUCAUCCAGAAAAUCCAGAACGAGUACGAGAAGCAGCUGCAGGAAAACCCCGAGAAGUUCGUCGAGACAGGCAUUCAUCCUAGCUUACCGAUCGACACACCGGUGUUGAAGCUGCCCUCAGGGACCAAGGUCAUCAUACAAGAAGAGACGUCUGGCGGCAUUGCUAAUCUAUACCGAGGCACGGUCGAGACGGUCGGUCUGGACGUGGAUAUCAUCGAGGAGAAAGCCCCAAUGUGGCUAGGAGACGUGCUACUGACUAACAUCAUUCCGCCGAAGGACCCUGUCAAGGUCUCCUUUGUCCUUCACCCGUGGCAGGACACGCUGCCCAGCCUCGCCACCGCGGACGGCAACAACCGACUCAACGCGAACCGCAUGCUGCGCGUGCGCAAGAUCCUGGCUUACGUCGCUGAGCGCAUCGAUCCAGACUACGAUGAGAACAAUGCCGAUGCUCUCAAGCCCGAGGAGUACCUUGAGCUGUACUGUAAUGAGCAGUUGCUCCCUAACACUAUGAGCCUGGCAACUCUGCGUGCACACAUCUGGAAAGGCGGUAACGACGUGGUGCUGCACUACAAGGCCAAUGGCCGUAAGGAGCUACCCAAGGAACUCCCUCAGCCUGCCCUACCACAAACAACCGACGCCGAGGGUGGCGAAGGGGCAGCAGGAGACGUGACAGAGGAUGGAGAGGACGUAGGCAUAGGUGCAACGGCCCCUGGUCAACCAACGGCGGCGGGUAGUACCCCAGUGCCUGUCGCGGCGACGUAG